GACAGAAUUGUUUGAGGAGGGAGACAGGUAGUGAAUGGGGCUGCCCCACAGCCAGCUAACUGCUCCAGGAGGACAGGAAUAUUUGCUGCUUCUGCCAUCUCCCCAUUCCCAGAACAGCGCUUGGGCACACAGUAGGUACUCAAAUAUUUGUUAAGUGACUAGCAGUUAACUCUAGGCUUUACGGGCAUUCUCUGGGUCUCACCACAGCCCCAUGAGGCAGGGCUCGUGAAAAAUCCACUUUACAGAUGUGGCAACUGGCUCAUCACAGCAAAGAUGUUUGCUCGGGGUCACGCAGGGUGCAGCCUGACACCUGUCUGAGUUCUUUACCCAGAGUCUUUAAGUAUAAUUAAUAUGUUUGGCUUCAUAGCUCUAUUAUCUGACAACCUUUGCAUGUUACAAAGAAUCCAGCCUACAACUGUUGCGGGCAGGGGUCUGUUUUGGGCCCAUGGUAGGGUCUCCAGGCCUCCUGGCCCUCUCCAUAAAAGGGGCGGAAAGGACUGGGCCAUCAGAUGAGGUCAUGGGAUGGGAAAAUUUUUCCAAGUGAAAAUUUUUAUUAUUGUUAGUAACAACCACUACAUCACAAGUGCUGCUAAGUUCUAAUGCAGUUUCUCAACUCCAUUAGUUUUUUAAAAAAAUAUACAGAUUCCGUGUCCUGGGAGUCAGAGACUCAGCGAGUGGGGCGGGGCCGUCCUCGUUUUCUAUACCUGCAACCCCGGGGUUUGGACGCUCGGUAGAGACCCCUCCUCCCUAGGAAAUCGCCUCAGAGAGUCAAAUGCGCUGGCCCCAGGUCGCACCCCCAGGACACUGCCGCGCCAGCAGCGGCCCAGGUCGCCUCCCCCGGCGCGUACCCCACGGCCAGGUUCCGGGAGCGCGCGUGUGCGCGAGGCGCCGCGGCCGGGCCGCGCAGCGCGAGCCGGAACGGCUCGCCCCUCCUGCGUGUUGAAAUUCAAAUGAACUGAACUCCCUCCACGCAGCGCCGGCAGAGAGGUCGAGGCCCGGGUGAGAUGGAGGGGGACGCGCUGCCAGCCAAGUCCGAGGUACCCUGGGCGGGGUCGAACCUGCGGCCAAUGUGAGCAGCGGAGGCUUAAAGAGCUCUGGUCCCCGCCUCCCGCCGCACGAUGGCAACCAGGCAGUGGUUCUUGGGGCCGCUCCCCGCGGGCCCUGGGGAAACGCCGCUCCCGGACGACUUGGAACCUGGGGUACAGCCCUGCGAAGACCCCUCAUGGUCGCCUCCCACUGGCCGACCUGGGGACUCACCCCAGGCGGAGCCCGAGGAUAUUCAGGGGCAGCUGCCCGAGGCCUCCACCUCUACGCCUUUCCCUGAGCUUCUGGCCCCAGGCCCCGGGCCCGCCCCUCCUCGCCUACCCUUGGACACCAUGUUCAGCCCCAUCAGCGAACAGCUCCGUUACCUGCUCAAGAAGGCAGAUGAUUUCCAGAGCUACUUGUUCUACAGCAGGGACCGAGUGCAGAAGGAACAGCUGGCGAAGGCCAUGCCCACCUUCUUGCAGAUGUGUGAGCCCUACUUCCUGUACCUGGAGGCAGCUGCACGGAGUGUGCCCCCCAUCUUUGGAGCCCUGCAGGAGCUGAUCCGAAAGGGGCUGUUGGAGAUCUCCCAACAGCUGACUCUGCGCCUGGAACAGCUGGUCCUUAUGUAUGCAUCAUUUGGGUUUGUGAACCUGGAGGAGACUGACCCCCUAAGCAUCUCCUGUUUCUUCUGCGGGAGGUUCUCCAUCAGUCCUUCCCACGAGGUGUCCAUCUUUAGAUACUGUGCCCCUGCUGCCUACACCGCCAGCCGCUUGCCCCGAUACCUCUAUAAGAAGAUGCGCUGGAACCUGGAAACCACCCCAGAGUCCAGCAGCCAGGGGCAAGAUUCCCGUGUGGAUUACUACUUCCUGUGCUAUAGAGAUACAUGGGAAGACACAGGCAAGAGUCCAACCAACUCAUGCCCCCAGAUUCAGAAACUGUGGUCCAUCGGCCGAUGGGUGCCCCUAGGACCAGCUGAGGAUGACCUUUCUUCAUGGAUUUUGUCCCCGCAGCCUUCCGGGGACUACGAGCAGCUGCUGACCAUCGGCUUCGAGGAGCCGUCGCACAUGCUGGCCACCGACCUGCUGGUGCAGAUCCUCACGGGCCAGGCAGGCACGGCCCGGCCCCCGAGCGCCGCCGGGCCCGCGGCGUGGGCCGCGCAGGAGUCUUGAACCUGGAGAGAGGGUGGGAGCUGGAGCUUGACAGUUCCAAACUCCAGGAGAGGGAGUAGUGGAGGGGCUCACUCGUUCUCCUAGUGCAGCUCCGCCUCGCCUUCCAAGGGGCCAGGCCGAGCUAGCCCGUCCGCACUGGGUCCGGCCCGGCCGCGGGGCCCUGCGGGUGGACACACCGGUUUUAUGUUAAAUAAAAGAAAGAAAGAGGUCACAGGCUCAGCGUCCGCUCGGAUCGCCGCUCCCCUCCCCUUGGGGAGAGGGGGCCCCGCCCACUCGCGCGACCUUCUGGGAAAUGUAGUC